AUGUGCCGAGUCGCCCGCGGGCUGAAGUGCGAUCGCGCUGCCGGAGCAGAUGGCGUCUCUCAGGGAUGCCCGCUGUCACCAUUCCUUUUCUCGAUCGCCAUGUCCCUGCUGAUGCAUGACGCACAAGCAGAUUUCCAGAACGAGGGCUUCCAAUCGACGGGCGGCUUCCCGGCCGGCGGGCUCAUCUGCGCGGACGACACGGUCGGGUCGACCGCCGACUGCGUCGGCGCCCUGAUGCAGGCCAUCCAAGAGAAAUGCAAGAACGAUGGUUUUGCCUCCGACAGAGAUCAGUUGGAAACUUUGCCCGUACGCUGCGAAGCGGACAUUCGCAGGCCCGACGGCGCGCAGAUCCUGGAGAAGGAUAGCAUGGUGUAUCUUGGAGGCUUUUUGGAUUCUUCGGGCUCCAGCGGAGCAGAACUGAGCAGGAGGAUUUGCAUGGCUCACAGAAGUUCGCACGCUCUUUGCAACAUUUGGACACAUUCUCGUUUGCUUCUACAGGAAAAAAGGUUGCCAUACUUGAAGCCUGCGUCGUCGCUAAACUAA